AUGGUGGCACGAGUGUCAUGUCGCGAUCUUCAUGUGAUACGAAAUGUGCUUACCUGCUCGCUGAAAAGACUAAACAAAUCGCUUGAGAAAAGUGCUCUCUCAAAGUCCACAUCACUUCUCACUCAAAAGGAAAAGGUGGGUGAAGAAGGCGUGAAAUUUCCCUAUUUUCGUAAGGAGAUUAAUCUCACUUGGAAACAGUCGGUUGUUAGUGUUACUGUACACAGCUUUGCUAGACCCUUCGAUCCGGAAUUGCAUUUUCCGCUGUUUCUUUUGUGA